UCUCCCGGCAACGGCCGACAUGUGCGCGGCCGGGGACUGGGGUCCGGUCCGCGCCGCGCCGCGCUUCGCCUUCCGCCCGCUGCCGCACAAGCCCUUCCCCGGGCUGCGCAGCGCCGACACCCAGCGGCGGCUGCUCAAGUGGUCGCUGCAGGGCGGGCUGGCGGCGCAGGCCUUCGGCUUCGACCAGUGCUUCGAGCGGCCCCGGCGGGAGCACUUCGUCCUGGACUUUUUUAAUGAUCCAAAUGUGAACUCCAAUUUGAAGUUGCUUUCAGGUUCUGGAGAGUGGACUACAUUAGGUACCAACAUGAAAAAUAUUGAAGCUACAGUUGUUCCUUGUACACAAGUUUCCAUGUCAUUUUUUGACCGAUUGUACACUGAAGGAGUUGUUAGAGAGACUGGCCAUAUUGUGAAGUGUUAUGAUGAAUAUUAUGAUGACAUUCCCAUCUCAGAUGAGUUAAGGAAGGUUUUGCUCCUGGAAGACUCAGACCAUUUUGAUUUAUUCAGCCAGUCAGAACGUGAGGAGUUUCUCUUCCGUCUUUUUGAACAUCUUUGCCUUGGAGGAACACUCUGUCAAUUUGAAGAUGUACUUGAUCCAUACUUAGAAACUACAAAGGUGUUAUAUAAAGAUCUUGUGAGUGUUCAAAAGCAUCCUGAAACAAAGGAAAUAAGUGUUACAUCUACGGUCUUCAAAGUUGCUGCCUAUGAACCUGGCUUCAGAAGAUAACUUAGUUCUUUGGACCCUGUGUACAAGUCAUGUGCAGUCCUGAGUCAGGUGUCUAAAUUCAACAGAGGACCAGGAAUUCAGAUGCUCCUCUGUGCUUAGUGCUUCCUAGUGGCUACCUAAAGGCAUUUCCACAGUUGAUAUCUGGAUUGUCUGAACCCUCCUUCUGAGGCACAUAAAUUCCAUUUACUACACAGGAAAUGUAGAUUCCUAGCCCUGUUCUUUACAUCAGCAUCCUGGGGUCAAAGGCCUAUUUUUUAGUUAUGUUGGACCUGAAGAUGGAUGUGCCUAAGGGCAUUAAGAACCUUAUUUUGAGCCUGUACCUAAUCCAGACUUUGGAUCUGUCAUUACAGCACUUGCUGGGUAGAUUCAUGCUUCUCUAAAGUUGGUGGGACAGUUUAGAACACAAUGAAGAGGCUAGAAGGGUGAAAUUGGUUCCCAAAUAAGAGUUCUAAUCUGCCUGCUUCUGAAGCUUUUCUUUCCCUAAAACUCUUACUUACCAUAAAGCUGAACUUAGAAAGCAGAUGUGCAUAUAAUAAGUUCCCUAUUGCAUAUCUGUCAGUUUAAUUGUUAUAGUAGGUUGAGUGGCUCCAAACCCAUCAUUAUACACUAGAGUAUGCAACCUAAAUGAAAGACAAUAUACAUGCUUCCAAAAGAAAUGGCUGAUGUUACUGCAGAUUUCCCUGUGAGAUACCAGUGCUUCCGUUGUUAGUUAAUGAGUCAUCACCUUUUGACUACUAUGUAGCAUUCAUGGAAGGCUUUGAAAAGGUUUCCUGAAAAUAACCCAAUAUAUAUGUCAUAAUUUACUGUUCUCCUUCCUAUUAAACUAAAAGUUUUCCAAUUAAAUAAUAGAUUCCUGGAAUCAAAAAUACCUUCCUAAUAUUUUUAUUUUAACACAAUAAAAUUGUUUUCAUAGCUAUGUAUCAACAAUACAGAUUUAUAUUUAUGUUUAUUCAGAUUUAGGUAAAACAUUUAAGGCCUUUCUAGGUUCCUUUGCCAUACAUUAAAAAUAUCAGCAAUAUAACAAGCAAGAUUAAUUGAGCAAUUUAUAAAUUCUGGAAAACAAAUAAAUAGGGGGAAAAAAUCCACCCUGCUCUUGUUUGAGGGGGGGGAACUGGCAUUGCAGCAGGUUGUAAAAUUUGGCAAAUAUGGGUUAUUUUAGAUGAAGGGAGAGGAUGUUCCAAAAUUCUGGGCUCUGUAAGGAGAACAGGCUGCAACUUCCUCUUAUAAACCUGAGACUCCAGCUUCAGGAUUUCCAGUCCCUACAUAUAUGAGGUCAUUUCCUGGAGUGAGGCGCAGCUUGUUUGAAUAAGCAAGUUUCAAAUGAGUUAAAUGUACAGUCAAAUCUUCUUAAACUCCAUUGAAAAAAUAUGAAACAGAUAGUGCAGAUCCUAGAGCAUAACUGACUUUGUGCUCUUGAUGAGAAACUCUACUAAUCAAAGCUGCACUGGUUUCAGUUUCUGAGUUGACUUUAAGGUGUAGCCCUGUGCACAGUACUUUACUGUAAUCUAAUCUAAGGUGAAAAAGGCACGGAUCAUAUUUGUAACGUUUACUUCUGAAAGAAAGAGUCGCAUCUACUUAGCCUGACAGAGAUAAAAGAAACUCAUCCUGGUCACUGGUGCCAUCUGAUAGUGUAACAGCAGCUGAGAAUCUAACAGAACCCCCGUUCCUCAGACUGGAAUAACAAAUGAUGAAUACAUGUCCUUAGCAAAAGGAGAUAAAAUCCUCCUCAUAUCUUUUGGCUGCAUUUUCAUUAUCAACAUAACUUCCUAUUUACCUGGACCCUGACUCACUAAUUAGUCCUCUUCUAUAGAUCAGUCUCUACAAAACACUAACUAGUUUAGAUGAUAAAAAAAGAGCUGGAGCUUUGUCUUAGUAACAUGCCGAGCAAUCUCAUACCUAUCUGUUCCAUAUGCUUGUUGGAUUUAUAAGCAUUAUCUUGACAACAUGUUGAUGUGAAAGUUGGUGAUUAAAACACAUAAUUUUAGAAAGUGCUGCUAUAAGUUAGUACUACAUCUGCUUUAAAACUGCUUUUUAAAUGUAAUAAUCUGAUCUUGAACAAAAUAUUCAAAACAAGUGGUUUUCAACCUAUGGCCCAUGGACCCCUGGGGGUCUGCAGACUAUGUCUAAGGGGUCCAUGAAAGAUGAUUAUGUUCAAUCAAAAGUAUGUGAAUACCCACAUUUACAGUUCAAAGGGGUCCGCACCUCCAUUCAUAAUAUGUUAGGGGUCCACAAAUGAAAAAAGGUUGAAAACCAGUGAUCUACAUAUAUAUGUAUACAGCUUCAUAGUACAGAGAGCACAGAGGAAAAAAAGGGGAAAAGGAAGUAUUUGAAAUCUUAUGACAGUGUAUAUUUCUGAACUCUGAAUGGUUUAAAAUGUUCAGUGUUUGUGUAUAAGUAAACUUCACCAUGAAGAAAUCUGAAACAAUUGUGAUACUAAAUAAUAACAAAAGAGUUUCUUAAAUGCCAAAUCAGCCCAUCAGUGCUGUUGGCAUCACUGUAAUAAAACACAUAUUCCCUAGUUCUUUUAGAAGACUAUUGAUAAAGUGUUACAUGUUUUCUUGAAGAGAUCUUCAACAGUAUAAUUGUUUCCACAGUAUUUCUCUCAUAUGCUGUCUGAAAUCAUCAGCAGAUUAUCUGUGUUUCUCUAAAGCCAGCAGCUUUGGAUCUAGUUCUGGCAUCACUACAUCAAGUGCAUGUUGCAGACACACCACCUGUUUGAACUUAAAACUGCAGAUUCUUAAUUUAUGUAUAAGACACCCUAAUACUAGAGUGAUGAGGCACUGAUAUAUGUAGAUAAAACUGGUCUUAAACUAGUUUAAUUAAAAAGAAAGAAAUUUGGUCUAGCUAAAAUGAACUGAAAAGCUCCCAGGAGCAGAUCCAAAGGGGCCCAGUUGCACUUCGUUUUCCAACCACACAGUGGGAGCAGCAGCCAGGGAUUCUUUUUUAAAAUCCUCAAAUUGGGUAAUAAUUGCUCUCCUGCCCUCCACUUCAUGUUCAGUGGGAUGUCACCUCCUCCCCCACACCCCUGGCUGCUUACCACUAGUGCUAUCCCCAGGUGCCCCAGGAGCAGGGGGAAAUUCCAGAGCCUUUGCUGUCCCACUUUAGCCAGGCUGCCCAGGGAAUUGGGCUCAGUUCAGGACAGUGGCAGUGGUGGUACCAGAUGAGUACCUCUUCUCUGCCUAGGACUCCCACGUGUACUCUGCCAGCUUGGGAGCAGGCUUAUGGAGGCAGACCCUACCUGCCAUCACUGCUGCUGCUAUCCCUGGCUAAGCCCAACUCCCUGCAGAGCCCAGCUGCAGCAGGGCAGGAGAGGCUCUGGAGCUCCUUCCUUCCCUGGGACAGCUGGAUAGUGGGGACAGUGGCAGCAGGGGGCAGGGGAGAGGAAAUGCCACUGAGCAUGGAGGGAAGAUUCUUACCUGAUUUCAACACUUAAAAAUGUGUUCCUAUGGCAUGGACUACCUGUCCUGCUGGAGUAGGGGAGAAUUUGAGAGCUGGGGUACAGCUAGUAGUUGCUGCUCCUGUACCCUCCCCCCACUUUACAAAAUUCAGGAUCUGCCCCAUGGAAGCUCCUCACAUCAUAUGCAAGGGCACCAGUGGACUGGACAAAAUGGAGAUGGAACUAUAAUCCAAGUUCCUCUUCCCAGGUGAGUGCCUUAACCAUCUGGGUAGAGCCAUGCUCUCUCUUUGGCCCAAUGCAUGUUGAAUUAUUUUAUUUAAAGUACAAUAGUUGCAAGAGGAUAAAUGGAGGUUUCAGUCCCCCUAGGUUCAUCUAAAUUUCCCACUUUUUGCAUGAGCCUGAAUUGUGCACGAGGGGAGCAGCAGCAUUCAUCCCCCAUUCCCCACACGUGCAUUAAAAAAAAAAGUACCUGCCCCUUCACUUGUAAAGCCUCUUAGGAACGCUUUGAAAACAUCUACUAAGAGAUAGGCAGAAAUCCAAGGCUAUCUGGAUGUAGUAUACCAGUAACUCUGCUCAUGCAGUGCCUGGAAUAAUUAACAGAGGUCUAAAAACAAAGCUAGUUACCUCAGGUGCAAUGCUGCAUGGACAUGGCUAUAUUGCUUCUAGUCUGGGAGCUAGCAUGCAAAAGCCGCUGUUAUCCCUACAUAAUGGUUGGACCCAUGUAGCUGUACUCUUGGGCUGCUUGCAGAUGUUUUAAAAAAAACCCCAAAACUGCUUCCCCAGAAGCAGCAGCAUGUUACUUCCACCCAGCUCUGCAGCAUCUGUAUAGAUUAGGCACUUCAGCGGGGCUUUUUCGUGCUUUCAUCUAAAGCUAAGUCAAUCAGGUAGUAGAUGAAAGUGCCCCAAAAGCCCCACUAAAGCACCUGAUCUAUACAGAUGUUGGGUGAGCCAGGUCCAACUAAUGUGCUGCCUCUUUUGGACAUGUGCUGGGCUUUGUGCAGGAGCCCAUCGGGUUUAAAGCAAGGUGCAAGUGGCCCUGGUUUCUAGAUCUCCCAUAUGCUCAGGUGAGGCAGGUGCUAAGUUACUCAGCCCUGUUAAGAUAGAAGCACUUUGGGGUAUGGUCAGUAACAGAACUUGAGAAGUGAAGGACUUCAAUGUACAACUUACAGGACAGGUGCUUGUAGGACUAGGCAGCAGCUGAGUGUGAUUUAUAGAACUGCACUUUUGGUGGAAAUCACAUUAUUUACUCAAAUCCAAAACCGUGAAUUGAAGAUGACCCCCACAAUAAUUAGAGUCUAUACAUGGCAGAGCAGGGAGUAAGGAAUCAGGCAGUAGAGAAAGCAGGUGUUGUGGGGGUGGUGGAAGGGAGCAAGCAGCUUGUCCCCCACCACCUGUCCUCCCCCUAUUUCAACCCCUGUGCUUGGCCCUUACUCCCUCUUACCUCCCCAGCCCCUUCCCCUCCUACUUACCUUUGCUCCAGCCCUGGCAGGCUCUGUCCAUGCUGCAGCCUGGGGCCUGGAGCAUGGGGUGCAGGUGGGGUACUGGUGCCACAGGGCUGGGUCGGAGCCAUGCUCCAAGCCACAGCAGGAGAUGGUGGCAGGGGUGCAGAAGAGCAGAGAGUGCAGAGGGGCAGCACCGGUCAGAGCCAGACACCCAGCCCUCUCCUGCCCUGCUCGGUUCCAAGACGAGGGGCUCCCCCAUGCAAGGGGAGGACAUCUCGUCUUGGGCCCGAGGCAGUGGGGUCGGUGCCCGAGGGCUGUCCUGGCUUUCAGCCGCCUGGCAGCUCAGCACAGCACUACCCUUAUCGGUCCAGAAAGGCUGGAGAGGAACAGCUGGCGGGAGCGAUCGGCAGGGAGGAGCUGCAGGGCAGCAGGUCAAGCGCUCCGGCCGGGCGGGGCGGGGCAGGGCCGGGCCGGGCCGGGCCCAGCG